AAAUAUCUUAUCUACAUGUGAGAGGUGUGUGGUACAGAUUACAUUUUUUUAUUAGUUUUUUAGUUCUUAUAUAUUCAUUUGUAUUAUUUGUGUUCAAUAAUAUGGGUAAAGCAGCAAAUGAAGAUAAUAUGGCAGCCAAAAGAAAAUAAUCGAAUCAAAAUCAAUUCCGAUGGUGCUUCCUUGCCAACAUUGACAAAGGGAGAACUUAGUGGUGUUGUACGUGGCUCUCAAGGUCAGUUCAUUGCUGCUUUUGCUCACUUCAUUCAACAGGUUAGUUCUGCCAAACAUGUGGAGCUAUUAGCCAUUAGGGAGGGUCUUGAUCUGGCACAACAGAUGCAAAUGUCACAGGAGGACCUAAGAGGUCUACAAGGUGUCCAGAUCAUUCUCGCUCCUAGAACUUGCAACCAGGUUGCUCACAGACUAGCAAAUAUCGGCUUUGAAUCCACUCAGAAAGAAGCUUGGUUCACUCAAGCUCCUAGUUGUAUUAGUGACUUACUUCAACAUGAUUGUAACCAGCAGAUCUAGUCUCUCCUUUUAAUGAAAUUUUCUUCAUUUCAAAGAUAAAAAAUAAAAAAUAAUAUGGGUAAAAUAUGGAUAAAACAUA